AUGCAGUCAACUGAUGUCAUCUUUUGGAUGUUUUUAGCAAACGGUUGCACUGUGCUCGCUCUGCAAUGCAUUCAGUGUGAUAAGAAUGCAGCAUGGUAUUCUGAAGAGGAGCAUGAACGACAUAUAGAACUCUGUCAAAACGGACUAGUACCGCCUACACCAUGUAAAAACCAAUCGCAUACACACUGUAUUGUCAGCUGGUACAGAAGUGGAGGCAGUAAAGAGAGAGUCGUCACGGAACGGAAGUGCGGCGGAGUAGAAGAUGUCACGGGCUGCACACUUUACAACUCAAAAAUAAGCCGAAAAGUCCGUCACCUAAUCUCCAAGGACCACUCAUCAGGGGCUGUUCGCCGCGAAACCGCCACUCUGUUCGUUGAGGUAUGCAGCGAGUCUUGCCCCGGGGGAGAGUGCCUGAAUACGGGUCCAACGACAAGUACGGUUACUGUAGCGCUGAUUUUAUUCGUGUCAUUGCGUCUUCUGUAG